AUGAAACCCGUAAAAAGACUAUUAACUAAUGAAGAUCUGGAAUUAUGGAAAAAUUCUAGUACAUUUAAAGAUUUGGUUGAUUUCAUUACUAAUUUGGCACUUAGUGUUGAAGGGCGUGAAAAUACAGACUAUAAAAUACCUAUUAGUGAGAGUGUUAAUAAAGUAGCCAAAAUUUUGGAUGAUAUAGAUUCCAUUUUUAUUAAACAUCCAGUUAUUAAUCAAAGGGAGUUAUCCAGAUUCGGUAAACUUGAAUUUAGAGAUUUUUAUGAUGAUUUAUCCAAAAAUGCUAAUCGAAUUAUCUCCUCACAUAUCCCUGAAUUAACCAUUGAUCAAUUGGAGGAAUUAUCCACCUAUUUAAUUGAAUCUUGGGGAAACAGACAAAGAAUAGAUUACGGUUCAGGUCAUGAAUUAAAUUUUCUUUGCUUUUUAUAUGGCCUAACAAAAUACAAUAUAUUACAUCUCGAUCAAGAUAAUACUAAUAUUAUAUUAAAAUUGUUCAUUCAAUAUAUGUCAUUAAUGAGGAAAUUGGAAAAGGAAUAUUGGCUAGAACCUGCAGGGUCGCACGGUGUUUGGGGUUUGGAUGAUUACCAUUUUUUACCCUUUUUAUUUGGUGCCUUUCAACUAUCAACGCAUAAACAUUUAAAACCAAGUAGUAUACACAACGAUGAAGUUGUUGAAAUGUUUGCUUCAAAAUAUUUAUAUUUUGGUUGUAUUUCAUUUAUAAAUAGCGUCAAGACAACGGCUACUCUUAGAUGGCAUUCUCCUAUGUUAGACGAUAUUAGUGGGGUCAAAAAAUGGAGCAAAGUUGCAGAGGGUAUGAUUAAAAUGUAUAAAGCAGAGGUAUUAAGUAAAUUACCCAUCAUGCAGCAUUUCUUUUUCAGUGAUUUUUUACCAUGUCCAGAAGGCGUGUCACCUCCAGAAGAUCCAGAAAAACAUGAACAUGGAGAAUGCGGGCAUCAUCAUGAGCAAAAUUCAUGGGGUGAUUGCUGUGGCAUUAAAGUACCUAGUGCUAUAGCAGCCACUGAAAUGAAUAAAAAAAAGACUCACACAGCAAGACCAUUGCCUUUUGAUUAA